CCCCAUUCUCCCGCUUUCCAUCACCCCGCCCCAUUCUCCCUCUUUCCAUCACCCCGCCCCAUUCUCCCGCUUUCCAUCACCCCGCCCCAUUCUCCCUCUUUUCAUCACCCCGCCCCAUUCUCCUUCUUUUCAUCACCCCGCCCCAUUCUCCCUCUUUCCAUCACCCCGCCUCAUUCUCCCUAUUUCCAUCACCAAGCAACAUUCUCCCGUUUUCCAUCACCCCGCCCCAUUCUCCCUCUUUCCAUCACCCCGCCCCAUUCUCCUGCUUUCCAUCACCUUGCCCCAUUAUCCCUAUUUCCAUCACCCCGCCCCAUUCUCCCGCUUUCCAUCACCCCGCCCCAUUCUUCCGCUUUCCAUCACCCCGCCCCAUUCUCCAGCUUUCCAUCACCCCGCCCGAUUCUCCCGCUUUCCAUCACCCCACCCCAUUCUCCCGCUUUCCAUCACCCCGCCCCAUUCUCCCUCUUUCCAUCACCCCGCCCCAUUCUCCCGCUUAUUAUCACCCCGUCCCAUUCUCCUGCUUUCCAUCACCCCGCCCCAUUCUCCCGCUUUCCAUCACCCCGCCCCAUUCUUCCGCUUUCCAUCACCCCGCCCCAUUCAGCCUCUUUCCAUCACCCCGCCCCAUUCUCCCUCUUUCCAUCACCCCGCCCCAUUCUUCCGCUUUUCAACUCCACGCCCCAUUCUCCCUCUUUCCAUCACCUCGCUCCAUUCCCCCUCUUUCCAUCAGCCCGCCCCAUUCUCCCGCUUUCCACCACCCUUCCCCAUUCUCCCGCCUUCCAUCACCCUGCCCCAUUCUCCCGCUUUCCAUCACCCCGCCCCAUUCUCUCGCUUUCCAUCACCCCGCCCCAUUCUCCCGCUUUCCAUCACCCCGCCCCAUUCUCCCGCUUUCCAUCACCCCACCCCAUUCUCCCGCUUUCCAUCACCCUGCCCCAUUCUCCCGCUUUCCAUCACCCCGACCCAUUCUCCCUCUUUUCAUCACCCCGCCCCAUUCUCCCUCUUUCCAUCACCCCGCCCUAUUCUCCCUCUUUCCAUCACCCCGCCCCAUUCUCCCGCUUUCCAUCACCCCGCCCCAUUCUCCCGCUUUCCAUCACCCCGCCCCAUUCUCCCGCUUUCCAUCACCCCGCCCCAUUCUCCCGCUUUCCAUCACCCCGCCCCAUUCUCCUGCUUUCCAUCACCCCGCCCCAUUCUUCCGCUUUCCAUCACCCCGCCCCAUUAACCCUCUUUCCAUCACCCCGCCCCAUUCUCCCUCUUUCCAUCACCGUGCCCCAUUCUUCCGCUUUUCAUCACCCCGCCCCAUUCUCCCUCUUUCCAUCACCCCGCCCCAUUCUUCCGCUUUUCAUCACCCCGCCCCAUUCUCCCUCUUUCCAUCACCCUGCCCCAUUCCCCCUCUUUCCAUCAGCCCGCCCCAUUCUCCCGCUUUCCACCACCCUGCCCCAUUCUCCCGCUUUCCAUCACCCUGCCCCAUUCUCCCGCUUUCCAUCACCCUGCCCCAUUCUCCCGCUUUCCAUCACCCCGCCAUAUUCUUCCUCUUUCCAUCACCCCGCCCCAUUCUCCCGCUUUCCAUCACCCCGCCCCAUUCUCCUGCUUUCCAUCAUCCCGCCUCAUUCUCCCGCUUUCCAUCACUCCGCCCCAUUCUCCCGCUUUCCAUCACCCCACCCCAUUCUCCCGCUUUCCAUCACCCUGCCCCAUUCUCCCUCUUUCCAUCACCCCGCCCCAUUCUCCCUCUUUCCAUCACCCCGCCCCAUUCUCCCGCUUUCCAUCACCCCGCCCCAUUCUUCCACUUUCCAUCACCCCGCCCCUUUCUCCCGCGUUCCAUCACCCCGCCCCAUUCUCCCGCUUUCCAUCGCUCUGCCCCAUUCUCCCGCUUUCCAUCACCCCGCCCCAUUCUCCCGCUUUCCACCACCCUGCCCCAUUCUCCCGCUUUCCAUCACCCUGCCCCAUUCUCCCGCUUUCCAUCACCCCGCCCCAUUCUCCCGCUUUCCAUCACCCCGCCCCAUUCUCCCGCUUUCCAUCACCCCGCUCCAUUCUCCCGCUUUCCAUCACCCCGGCCCAUUCUCCCGUUUUCCAUCACCCCGCCCCAUUCUCCUGCUUUCCAUCACCCCGCCCCAUUCUCCCGCUUUCCAUCACCCCGCCCCAUUCUCCCGCUUUCCAUUACCCCGUCCCAUUCUCCCUCUUUUCAUCACCCCGCCCCAUUCUCCCUCUUUCCAUCACCCCACCCCAUUCUCCCGCUUUCCAUCAGCCCGGCCCAUUCUCCCUAUUUCCAUCACCCUGCCCCAUUCUCCCACUUUCCAUCACCCCGCCCCAUUCUCCCGCUUUCCAUCACCCCGCCCCAUUCUCCUGCUUUCCAUCACCCCGCCCCAUUCUCCCUCUUUCCAUCACCCCGCCCCAUUCUCCCUCUUUCCAUCACCCCGCCCCGUUCUCCCUCUUUCCAUCACCCCGCCCCAUUCUCCCUAUUUCCAUCACCCCGCCCCAUUCUUCCGCUUUCCAUCACCCCGCCACAUUCUCCAGCUUUCCAUCACCCCGCCCCAUUCUCCCGCUUUCCAUCACCCCGCCCCAUUCUCCCGCUUUCCAUCACCCCGCCCCAUUCUCCCGCUUUCCAUCACCCCGCCCCAUUCUCCCGCUUUCCAUCACCCCGCCCCAUUCUUCCGCUUUUCAUCACCCGCCCCUUUCUCCCUCUUUCCAUUACCCCACCCCAUUCUCCCUCUUUCCAUCACCCCGCCCCAUUCUCCCGCUUUCCAUCACCCCGCCCCAUUCUCCCGCUUUCCAUCACCCCGCCCAAUUCCCCCUCUUUCCAUCAGCCCGCCCCAUUCUCCCGCUUUCUAUCACCCCGCCCCAUUCUCCCUAUUUCGAUCACCCCGCCCCAUUCUCCCGCUUUCCAUCACCCCGCCCCAUUCUCCCGCUUUCCAUCACCCCUCCCCAUUCUCCCUCUUUCCAUCACCCCGCUCCAUUCCCCCUCUUUCCAUCAGCCCGCCCCAUUCUCCCGCUUUCCACCACCCUGCCCCAUUCUCCCGCUUUCCAUCACCCUGCCCCAUUCUCCCGCUUUCCAUCACCCCGCCCCAUUCUCCCGCUUUCCAUCACCCCGCCCCAUUCUCUCGCUUUCCAUCACCCCGCCCCAUUCUCCCGCUUUCCAUCAUCCCGCCCCAUUCUCCUGCUUACCAUCACCCCGCCCCAUUCUCCCGCUUUCCAUCACCCCACCCUAUUCUCCCGCUUUCCAUCACCCUGCCCCAUUCUCCCGCUUUCCAUCACCCCGACCCAUUCUCCCUCUUUUCAUCACCCCGCCCCAUUCUCCCUCUUUCCAUCACCCCGCCCUAUUCUCCCUCUUUCCAUCACCCCGCCCCAUUCUCCCGCUUUCCAUCACCCCGCCCCAUUCUCCCGCUCCAUCACCCCGCCCCAUUCUCCCGCUUUCCAUCACCCGGCCCAUUCUCCCGCUUUCCAUCACCCCGCCCCAUUCUUCCGCUUUCUAUCACCCCGCCUCAUUAACCCUCUUUCCAUCACCCCGCCCCAUUCUCCCUCUUUCCAUCACCGUGCCCUAUUCUUCCGCUUUUCAUCACCCCGCCCUAUUCUCCCUCUUUCCAUCACCCCGCCCCAUUCUUCCGCUUUUCAUCACCCCGCCCCAUUCUCCCUCUUUCCAUCACCCCGCCCCAUUCCCCCUCUUUCCAUCAGCCCGCCCCAUUCUCCCGCUUUCCAUCACCCUGCCCCAUUCUCCCGCUUUCCAUCACCCUGCCCCAUUCUCCUGCUUUCCAUCACCCCGCCCCAUUCUCCCGCUUUCCAUCACCCCGCCAUAUUCUUCCUCUUUCCAUCACCCCGCCCCAUUCUCCCGCUUUCCAUCACCCCGCCCCAUUCUCCUGCUUUCCAUCACCCCGCCCCAUUCUCCCGCUUUCCAUCACCCCACCCCAUUCUCCCGCUUUCCAUCACCCCGCCCCAUUCUCCCGCUUUCCAUCACCCCGCCCCAUUCUUCCGCUUUCCAUCACCCCGCCCCAUUCAGCCUCUUUCCAUCACCCCGCCCCAUUCUCCCUCUUUCCAUCACCCCGCCCCAUUCUUCCGCUUUUCAACUCCACGCCCCAUUCUCCCUCUUUCCAUCACCUCGCUCCAUUCCCCCUCUUUCCAUCAGCCCGCCCCAUUCUCCCGCUUUCCACCACCCUUCCCCAUUCUCCCGCCUUCCAUCACCCUGCCCCAUUCUCCCGCUUUCCAUCACCCCGCCCCAUUCUCUCGCUUUCCAUCACCCCGCCCCAUUCUCCCGCUUUCCAUCACCCCGCCCCAUUCUCCCGCUUUCCAUCACCCCACCCCAUUCUCCCGCUUUCCAUCACCCUGCCCCAUUCUCCCGCUUUCCAUCACCCCGACCCAUUCUCCCUCUUUUCAUCACCCCGCCCCAUUCUCCCUCUUUCCAUCACCCCGCCCUAUUCUCCCUCUUUCCAUCACCCCGCCCCAUUCUCCCGCUUUCCAUCACCCCGCCCCAUUCUCCCGCUUUCCAUCACCCCGCCCCAUUCUCCCGCUUUCCAUCACCCCGCCCCAUUCUCCCGCUUUCCAUCACCCCGCCCCAUUCUCCUGCUUUCCAUCACCCCGCCCCAUUCUUCCGCUUUCCAUCACCCCGCCCCAUUAACCCUCUUUCCAUCACCCCGCCCCAUUCUCCCUCUUUCCAUCACCGUGCCCCAUUCUUCCGCUUUUCAUCACCCCGCCCCAUUCUCCCUCUUUCCAUCACCCCGCCCCAUUCUUCCGCUUUUCAUCACCCCGCCCCAUUCUCCCUCUUUCCAUCACCCUGCCCCAUUCCCCCUCUUUCCAUCAGCCCGCCCCAUUCUCCCGCUUUCCACCACCCUGCCCCAUUCUCCCGCUUUCCAUCACCCUGCCCCAUUCUCCCGCUUUCCAUCACCCUGCCCCAUUCUCCCGCUUUCCAUCACCCCGCCAUAUUCUUCCUCUUUCCAUCACCCCGCCCCAUUCUCCCGCUUUCCAUCACCCCGCCCCAUUCUCCUGCUUUCCAUCAUCCCGCCUCAUUCUCCCGCUUUCCAUCACUCCGCCCCAUUCUCCCGCUUUCCAUCACCCCACCCCAUUCUCCCGCUUUCCAUCACCCUGCCCCAUUCUCCCUCUUUCCAUCACCCCGCCCCAUUCUCCCUCUUUCCAUCACCCCGCCCCAUUCUCCCGCUUUCCAUCACCCCGCCCCAUUCUUCCACUUUCCAUCACCCCGCCCCUUUCUCCCGCGUUCCAUCACCCCGCCCCAUUCUCCCGCUUUCCAUCGCUCUGCCCCAUUCUCCCGCUUUCCAUCACCCCGCCCCAUUCUCCCGCUUUCCACCACCCUGCCCCAUUCUCCCGCUUUCCAUCACCCUGCCCCAUUCUCCCGCUUUCCAUCACCCCGCCCCAUUCUCCCGAUUUCCAUCACCCCGCCCCAUUCUCCCGCUUUCCAUCACCCCGCUCCAUUCUCCCGCUUUCCAUCACCCCGGCCCAUUCUCCCGUUUUCCAUCACCCCGCCCCAUUCUCCUGCUUUCCAUCACCCCGCCCCAUUCUCCCGCUUUCCAUCACCCCGCCCCAUUCUCCCGCUUUCCAUUACCCCGUCCCAUUCUCCCUCUUUUCAUCACCCCGCCCCAUUCUCCCUCUUUCCAUCACCCCACCCCAUUCUCCCGCUUUCCAUCAGCCCGGCCCAUUCUCCCUAUUUCCAUCACCCUGCCCCAUUCUCCCACUUUCCAUCACCCCGCCCCAUUCUCCCGCUUUCCAUCACCCCGCCCCAUUCUCCUGCUUUCCAUCACCCCGCCCCAUUCUCCCUCUUUCCAUCACCCCGCCCCAUUCUCCCUCUUUCCAUCACCCCGCCCCGUUCUCCCUCUUUCCAUCACCCCGCCCCAUUCUCCCUAUUUCCAUCACCCCGCCCCAUUCUUCCGCUUUCCAUCACCCCGCCACAUUCUCCAGCUUUCCAUCACCCCGCCCCAUUCUCCCGCUUUCCAUCACCCCGCCCCAUUCUCCCGCUUUCCAUCACCCCGCCCCAUUCUCCCGCUUUCCAUCACCCCGCCCCAUUCUCCCGCUUUCCAUCACCCCGCCCCAUUCUUCCGCUUUUCAUCACCCGCCCCUUUCUCCCUCUUUCCAUUACCCCACCCCAUUCUCCCUCUUUCCAUCACCCCGCCCCAUUCUCCCGCUUUCCAUCACCCCGCCCCAUUCUCCCGCUUUCCAUCACCCCGCCCAAUUCCCCCUCUUUCCAUCAGCCCGCCCCAUUCUCCCGCUUUCUAUCACCCCGCCCCAUUCUCCCUAUUUCGAUCACCCCGCCCCAUUCUCCCGCUUUCCAUCACCCCGCCCCAUUCUCCCGCUUUCCAUCACCCCUCCCCAUUCUCCCUCUUUCCAUCACCCCGCUCCAUUCCCCCUCUUUCCAUCAGCCCGCCCCAUUCUCCCGCUUUCCACCACCCUGCCCCAUUCUCCCGCUUUCCAUCACCCUGCCCCAUUCUCCCGCUUUCCAUCACCCCGCCCCAUUCUCCCGCUUUCCAUCACCCCGCCCCAUUCUCUCGCUUUCCAUCACCCCGCCCCAUUCUCCCGCUUUCCAUCAUCCCGCCCCAUUCUCCUGCUUACCAUCACCCCGCCCCAUUCUCCCGCUUUCCAUCACCCCACCCUAUUCUCCCGCUUUCCAUCACCCUGCCCCAUUCUCCCGCUUUCCAUCACCCCGACCCAUUCUCCCUCUUUUCAUCACCCCGCCCCAUUCUCCCUCUUUCCAUCACCCCGCCCUAUUCUCCCUCUUUCCAUCACCCCGCCCCAUUCUCCCGCUUUCCAUCACCCCGCCCCAUUCUCCCGCUCCAUCACCCCGCCCCAUUCUCCCGCUUUCCAUCACCCGGCCCAUUCUCCCGCUUUCCAUCACCCCGCCCCAUUCUUCCGCUUUCUAUCACCCCGCCUCAUUAACCCUCUUUCCAUCACCCCGCCCCAUUCUCCCUCUUUCCAUCACCGUGCCCUAUUCUUCCGCUUUUCAUCACCCCGCCCUAUUCUCCCUCUUUCCAUCACCCCGCCCCAUUCUUCCGCUUUUCAUCACCCCGCCCCAUUCUCCCUCUUUCCAUCACCCCGCCCCAUUCCCCCUCUUUCCAUCAGCCCGCCCCAUUCUCCCGCUUUCCAUCACCCUGCCCCAUUCUCCCGCUUUCCAUCACCCUGCCCCAUUCUCCUGCUUUCCAUCACCCCGCCCCAUUCUCCCGCUUUCCAUCACCCCGCCAUAUUCUUCCUCUUUCCAUCACCCCGCCCCAUUCUCCCGCUUUCCAUCACCCCGCCCCAUUCUCCUGCUUUCCAUCACCCCGCCCCAUUCUCCCGCUUUCCAUCACCCCACCCCAUUCUCCCGCUUUCCAUCACCCCGCCCCAUUCUCCCGCUUUCCAUCACCCUGCCCAUUCUCCCUCUUUCCAUCACCCCGCCCCAUUCUCCCUCUUUCCAUCACCCCACCCUAUUCUCCCUCUUUCCAUCACCCCGCCCCAUUCUCCCGCUUUCCAUCACCCCGCCAUAUUCUUCCUCUUUCCAUCACCCCGCCCCAUUCUCCUGCUUUCCAUCACCCCGCCCCAUUCUCCUGCUUUCCAUCACCCCGCCCCAUUCUCCCGCUUUCCAUCACCCCACCCCAUUCUCCCGCUUUCCAUCACCCCGCCCCAUUCUCCCUCUUUCCAUCACCCCGCCCCAUUCUCCCGCGUUCCAUCACCCCGCCCCAUUCUCCCGCUUUCCGUCACCCCGCCCCAUUCUCCCGCUUUCCAUCAUCCCGCCCCAUUCUCCCUCUUUCCAUCACCCCGCCCCAUUCUCACGCUUUCCAUCACCCCGCCCCAUUCUCCCGCUUUCCAUCACCCUGCCCCUUUCUUCCUCUUUCCAUCACCCCGCCCCAUUCUCCCGCUUUCCAUCUCCCCGCCCCAUUCUCCCGCUUUCCAUCACCCCGCCCCAUUCUCCCGCUUUCCAUCACCCCGCCCCAUUCUCCCGCUUUCCAUCACCCCGCCCCAUUCUUCCGCUUUCCAUCACCACGCCCCAUUCUCCCUCUUUCCAUCUCCCCGCCCCAUUCUUCCUCUCUCCAUCAUCCCGCCCCAUUCUCCCGCUUUCAAUCACCCCGCCCCAUUCUUCCGCUUUCCAUCACCCCGCCCCAUUCUCCCUCUUUCCAUCAGCCCGCCCCAUUCUCCCUCUUUCCAUCACCCUGCCCCAUUCUCCCGCUUUCCAUCACCCCGCCCCAUUCUCCCGCUUUUUCAUCACCCCGCCCCAUUCUCCCUCUUUCCAUCACCCCACCCCAUUCUCCCGCUUUCCAUCACCCCGCCCCAUUCUCCCGCUUUCCAUCACCCAGCCCCAUUCUCCUGCUUUCCAUCACCCCGCCCAAUUCUCCCUCUUUCCAUCACCCCGCCCCAUUCUCCCGCGUUCCAUCACCCCGCCCCAUUCUCCCGCUUUCCAUCACCCCGCUCCAUUCUCCCGCAUUCCAUCACCGCGCCCAAUUCUCACUCUUUCUAUCACCCCUCCCCAUUCUCCCUCUUUCCAUCACCCCGCCCCAUUCUCCCGCUUUCCAUCACCCCGCCCCAUUCUCCCUCUUUCCAUCACCUCGCCCCAUUCUCCAAAUUUCCAUCACCCCGCCCCAUUCUCCCUCUUUCCAUCACCCCGCCCCAUUCUCCCGCUUUCCAUCACCCCGCCCCAUUCUCCCUCUUUCCAUCACCCCGCCCCAUUCUUCCGCUUUCCAUCACCCUGCCCAAUUCUCCCUCUUUCCAUCACCCCUCCCCAUUCUCCCGCUUUCCAUCACCCCGCUCCAUUCUCCCGCUUUCCAUCACCCCGCCCCAUUCUCCCGCUUUCCAUCACCCCGCCCCAUUCUCCCGCUUUCCAUCACCCCGCUCCAUUCUCCCGCUUUCCAUCACCCCGCCCCAUUCUCCCGCUUUCCAUCACCCCUCCCCAUUCUCCCGCUUUCCAUCACCCCGCUCCAUUCUCCCGCUUUCCAUCACCCUGCCCAAUUCUCCCUCUUUCCAUCACCCCUCCCCAUUCUCCCUCUUUCCAUCACCAAGCCCCAUUCUCCCGCUUUCCAUCACCCCGCCCCAUUCUCCCGCUUUCCAUCACCCCGCCCCUUUCUUCCUCUUUCCAUCACCCCGCCCCAUUCUCCCUCUUUCCACCACCCCGCCCCAUUCUCCCUGUUUUCAUCACCCCGCCCCAUUCUCCCGUUUUCCAUCACCCCGCCCCAUUCUCCAUCUUUCCAUCACCCCGCCCCAUUCUCCCUCUUUCCAUCACCCCGCCCCAUUCUCCCGCUUUCCAUCACCCCGCCCCAUUCUCCCUCUUUCCAUCACCCCGCCCCAUUCUCCCUCUUUCCAUCACCCCGCCCCACUCUCCAUCUUUCCAUCACUCCGCCCCAUUCUCCCGCCUUCCAUCACCCCGCCCCAUUCUCCAUCCUUCCAUCACCCCGCCCCAUUCUCCCUCUUUCCAUCACCCCGCCCCAUUCUCCAGCCUUCCAUCACCCAGCCCCAUUCUCCCUCUUUACAUCACCCCGCCCCAUUCUCCUGCUUUCUAUCACCGCGCCCCAUUCUCCCAAUUUCCAUCACCCCGCCCCAUUCUCCUGCUUUCCAUCACCCCGCCCCAUUCUCCAACUUUUCAUCACCCCGCCCCAUUCUCCCGCUUUCCAUCACCCCGCCCCACUCUCCAUCUUUCCAUCACCCCGCCCCAUUCUCCCGCUUUCUAUCACCCCGUCCCAUUCUCCCUCUUUCCAUCACCCCGCCCCAUUCUCCCACUUUCCAUCACCCCGCCCCAUUCUCCCUCUUUCCAUCACCCCGCCCCAUUCUCCUGCAUUCUAUCACCCUGCCCCAUUCUCCAUCCUUCCAUCACCCCGCCCCAUUCUCCCGCUUUCCAUCACCCCGCCCCAUUCUCCUACUUUCCAUCAACUCGCCUGGUUGGUGGGAGUGCUGGGAGCAACUCACCUGGCUGGUGGGGGUGCUGGAAGCAACUCACCUGGCUGGUGGGGGUACUGGGAGCAACUCGUCUGGCUAGUGGGGGUGCUGGGAGCAACUCGCCUGGCAGGUGGGGGUGCUGGGAGCAACUCGCCUGGCCGCAACUCACCUGGCUGGUGGGGGUGCUGGGAGCAACUCACCUGGCUGGUGGGGGUGCUGGGAGCAACUCACCUGGCCGGUGGGGGUGCUGGGAGCAACUCACCUGGCUGGUGGGGGUGCUGGGAACAACUCGCCUGGCCGGAGGGGGUGCUGGGAGCAACUCGCCUGGCCGGUGGGGGUGCUGGGAGCAACUCACCUGGCUGGUGGGGAUGCUAGGAGCAACUCGCCUGGCUGGUGGGGGUGCUAGGAGCAACUUGCCUGGCUGGUGGGGGUGCUGGGAGCAACUCGCCUGGCUGGUGGGGGUGCUGGGAGCAACUCGCCUGGCUGGUGUGGGUGCUGGGAGCAACUCGCCUGGCUGGUGGGGGUGCUGGGAGCAACUCACCUGGCUGGUGGGGGUGCUGGGAGCAACUCACCUGGCUGGUGGGGGUGAUGGGAGCAACUCGUCUGGCUGGUGGGGGUGCUGGGAGCAACUCGCCUGGCUGGUGGGGGUGCUGGGAGCAACUCGCCUGGCUGGUGGGGGUGCUGGGAGCAGCUCGCCUGGCUGGUGGGGGUGCUGGGAGCAACUCGCCUGGCUGCUGGUGGGGGUGCUGGGAGCAACUUACUUGGCUGGUGGGGGUGCUGGGAGCAACUGGCCUGGCUGGUGGGGGUGCUCGGAGCAACUCGCCUGGCUGGUGGGGGUGCUGGGAGCAACUCGCCUGGCUGGUGGGUGUGCUGGGAGCAACUCGCCUUCCUGGUGGGGGUGCUGGGAGCAACUCGCCUGGCUGGUGGGGGUGCUGGGAGAAACUCGCCUGGCUGGUGGGGAUGCUGGGAGCAACUCGCCUGGCUGGUGGGCGUGCUGGGAGCAACUCGACUGGCUGGUGGGGGUGCUGGGAGCAACUCACCUGGCUGGUGGGGGUGCUGGGAGCAACUCGCCUGGCUGGUGGGGGUGUUGGGAGCAACUCGCCUGGCUGGUGGGGGUGCUAGGAGCAACUCACCUGGCUGGUGGGGGUGCGGGGAGCAACUCACCUGGCUGGUGGGGGUGCUGGGAGCAACUCGCCUGGCUGUUGGGGGUGCUGGGAGCAACUCGCCUGGCUGGUGGGGGUGCUGGGAGCAACUCGCCUGGCUGGUGGGGGUGCUGGGAGCAACUCGCCUGGCUGGUGGGGGUGCUGGGAGCAACUCACCUGGCCGGUGGGGGUGCUGGGAGCAACUCACCUGGCUGGUGGGUGUGCUGGGAGCAACUCGCCUGGCUGGUGGGGGUGCUGGGAGCAACUAACCUGGCCGGUGGGGGUGCUGGGAGCAACUCGCCUGGCUGGUGGGGGAGCUGGGAGCAACUCGCCUGGCUGGUGGGGGUGCUAGGAGCAACUCACCUAGCAACUCACCUGGCUGGUGGGGGUGCUGCGAACAACUCGCCUGGCCGGUGGGGGUGCUGGGAGCAACUCGCAUGGCCAUGGGGGUGCUGGGAGCAACUCGCCUGGCUGGUGGGGGUGCUGGGAGCAACUCGUCUAGCUGGUGGGGGUGCUGGGAGCAACUCGUUUGGCUCGUGGGGGUGCUGGGAGCAACUCACCUGGCUGGUGGGGGUGCUGGGAGCAACUUACAUGGCUGGUGGGGGUGCUGGGAGCAACUCGCCUGGCUGGUGGGAGUGCUCGGAGCAACUCGCCUGGCUGGUGGGGGUGCUGGGAGCAACUCGCCUGGCUGGUGGGUGUGCUGGGAGCAACUCGCCUGGCUGGUGGGGGUGCUGGGAGCAACUCGCCUGGCUGGUGGGGGUGCUGGGAGAAACUCGCCUGGCUGGUGGGGGUGCUGGGAGCAACUCAUCUGGCUGGUGGGAGUGCUGUGAGCAACUCGCCUGGCUGGUGGGAGUGCUGAGCAACUCCCCUGGCUGGUGGGGGUGCUGGGAGCAACUCGCCUGGCUGGUGUGGGUGCUGAGAGCAACUCGCCUGGCUGGUGGGGGUGCUGGGAGCAACUCACCUGCGUCGUGGGGGUGCUGGGAGCAACUCACCUGGCUGGUGGGGGUGCUGGGAGCAACUCGUCUGGCUGGUGGGGGUGCUGGGAGCAACUCGCCUGGCUGGUGGGGGUGCUGGGAGCAACUCGCCUGGCUGGUGGGGGUGCUGGGAGCAACUCGCCUGGCUGGUGGGGGUGCUGGGAGCAACUCACCUGGCUGGUGGGGGUGCUGGGAGCAACUCGCCUGGCUGGUGGGGGUGCUGGGAGCAACUCGCCUGGCUGGUGGGGGUGCUGGGAGCAACUCACCUGGCUGGUUGGGGUGCUGGGAGCAACUCGCCUGGCUGGUGGGGGUGCUGGGAGCAACUCGUCUAGCUGGUGGGGGUGCUGGGAGCAACUCGUUUGGCUCGUGGGGGUGCUGGGAGCAACUCACCUGGCUGGUGGGGGUGCUGGGAGCAACUUACAUGGCUGGUGGGGGUGCUGGGAGCAACUCGCCUGGCUGGUGGGAGUGCUCGGAGCAACUCGCCUGGCUGGUGGGGGUGCUGGGAGCAACUCGCCUGGCUGGUGGGUGUGCUGGGAGCAACUCGCCUGGCUGGUGGGGGUGCUGGGAGCAACUCGCCUGGCUGGUGGGGGUGCUGGGAGAAACUCGCCUGGCUGGUGGGGAUGCUGGGAGCAACUCGCCUGGCUGGUGGGGGUGCUCGGAGCAACUCGACUGGCUGGUGGGGGUGCUGGGAGCAACUCGCCUGGCUGGUGGGAGUGCUGGGAGCAACUCGCCUGGCUGGUGGGGGUGCUGGGAGCAACUCGCCUGGCUGGUGGGGGUGCUCGGAGCAACUCACCUGGCUGGUGGGAGUGCUGGGAGCAACUCACCUGGCUGGUGGGGGUGCUGGGAGCAACUCGCCUGGCUGGUGGGGGUGCUGGGAGCAACUCGCCUGGCUGGUGGGGGUGCUGGGAGCAACUCGCCUGGCUGGUGGGGGUGCUGGGAGCAACUCGCCUGGCUGGUGGGGGUGCUGGGAGCAACUCGCCUGGCUGGUGGGAGUGCUGGGAUCAUCUCGCCUGGCUGGUGGGGGUGCUGGGAGCAACUCGCCUGGCUGGUGGGGGUGCUGGGAGCAACUCGCCUGGCUGGUGGGGGUGUUGGGAGCAACUCACCUGGCUGGUGGGGGUGCUGGGAGCAACUCACCUGGCUGGUGGGGGUGCUAGGAGCAACUCGUCUGGCUGGUGGGGGUGCUGGGGGCAACUCGCCUGGCUGGUGGGGGUGCUGGGAGCAACUCGCCUGGCUGGUGGGGGUGCUGGGAGCAACUCGCCUGGCUGGUGGGGGUGCUGGGAGCAACUCGCCUGGCUGGUGGGGGUGCUGGGAGCAACUCGUCUGGCUGGUUGGGGUGCUGGGAGCAACUCGCCUGGCUGGUGGGGGUGCUGGGAGCAACUCUCCUGGCUGGUGGGGGUGCUGGGAGCAACUCACUUGGCUGGAGCAACUCACCUGGCUGGUGGGGGUGCUGGGAGCAACUCGCCUGGCUGGUGGGGGUGCUGGGAGCAACUCACCUAGCAACUCACCUGGCUGGUGGGGGUGCUGGGAGCAACUCACCUGGCUGGUGGGGGUGCUGGGAGCAACUCACCUGGCCGGUGGGGGUGCUGGGAGCAACUCACCUGGCUGGUGGGGGUGCUGGGAGCAACUCACCUGGCUGGUGGGGGUGCUGGGAGCAAGUAACCUGACCGGUGGGGGUGCUGGGAGCAACUCGCCUGGCUGGUGGGGGUGCUGGGAGCAACUCGCCUGGCUGGUGGGGGUGCUGGGAGCAACUCGCCUGGCUGGUGGGGGUGCUGGGAGCAACUCGCCUGGCUGGUGGGGGUGCUGGGAGCAACUCGCCUGGCUGGUGGGAGUGCUGGGAGCAACUCGCCUGGCUGGUGGGGGUGCUGGGAGCAACUCGCCAGGCUGGUGGGGGUGCUGGGAGCAACUCGCCUUGCUGGUGGGGGUGCUGGGAGCAACUCGCCUGGCUGGUGGGGGUGCUGGGAGCAACUCGCCUGGCUGGUGGGGGUGCUGGGAGCAACUCGCCUGGCUGGUGGGGGUGCUCGGAGCAACUCACCUGGCUGGUGGGAGUGCUGUGAGCAACUCGCCUGGCUGGUGGGGGUGCUGGGAGCAACUCGCCUGGCUGGUGGGUGUGCUGGGAGCAACUCUCCUGGCUGGUGGGGGUGCUGGGAGCAACUCACCUGGCUGGUGGGGGUGCUGGGAGCAACUCACCUGGCUGGUGGGGGUGCUGGGAGCAACUCACCUGGCUGGUGGGAGUGCUGUGAGCAACUCGCCUGGCUGGUGGGGGUGCUGGGAGAAACUCACCUGGCUGGUGGGUGUGCUGGGAGCAACUCUCCUGGCUGGUUGGGGUGCUGGGAGCAACUCACCUGGCUGGUGGGGGUGCUGGGGACAACUCACCUGGCUGGUGGGGGUGCUGGGAGCAACUCACCUGGUUGGUGGGGGUGCUGGGAGCAACUCACCUGGCUGGUGGGGGUGCUGGGAGCAAGUAACCUGGCCGGUGGGGGUGCUGGGAGCAACUCGCCUGGCUGGUGGGGGUGCUGGGAGCAACUCGCCUGGCUGGUGGGGGUGCUGGGAGCAACUCGCCUGGCUGGUGGGGGUGCUGGGAGCAACUCACCUGGCUGGUGGGAGUGCUGGGAGCAACUCGCCUGGCUGGUGGGGGUGCUGGGAGCAACUCGCCUGGCAGGUGGGUGUGCUGGGAGCAACUCUCCUGGCUGGUGGGGGUGCUGGGAGCAACUCGCCUGGCUGGUGGGGGUGCUGGGAGCAACUCGCCUGGCUAGUGGGGGUGCUGGGAGCAACUCGCCUGGCUGGUGGGGGUGCUGGGAGCAACUCGCCUGGCUGGUGGGGGUGCUGGGAGCAACUCGCAAGGCUGGUGGGGGUGCUGGGAGCAACUCGCCUGGCUGGUGGGGUGCUGGGAGCAACUCGCCUGGCUGGUGGGGGUGCUGGGAGCAACUCGCCUGGCUGGUGGGGGUGCUGGGAGCAACUCGCCUGGCUGGUGGGGGUGCUGGGAGCAACUCACCUGGCUGGUGGGAGUGCUAGGAGCAACUCGCCUGGCUGGUGGGGUGCUGGGAGCAACUCGCCUGGCUGGUGGGGGUGCUGGGAGCAACUCGCCUGGCUGGUGGGGGUGCUGGGAGCAACUCGCCUGCACCCCCACCAGCCUUGCGAGUUGCUCCCAGCACCCCCACCAGCCAGGCGAGUUGCUCCCAGCACCCCCACCAGCCAGGCGAGUUGCUCCCAGCACCCCCACCAGCCAGGCGAGUUGCUCCCAGCACCCCCACCAGCCAGGCGAGUUGCUCCCAGCACCCCCACCAGCCAGGCGAGUUGCUCCCAGCACCCCCACCAGCCAGACGAGUUGCUCCCAGCACCCCCACCAGCCAGGUGA